UUUAACAUGUUUGUCAAAAUUUUAUGUAGGGAUGUGUCAAAAUUUUUAUCUGCUAAAUUUAAAAUGUUCUUAAAAUUAUAUAUGCCGCAAAAGAUACAAAUAAUUGGAUGAUAAGAAUGUGAUUUAUGAAAUAAUUGAGUGAAUUUUAAUAAAAAUAGAAACAUGGACUAUCACAGACGCAAUCGCCGAGGCCGACCACGUUCAAGACCUCGAUUCCCAGUCUAUAUAGCUGCUAGACCACCAAAAUGGUCUGUUUUCAACGGUUUCUGCAGCUUCCUCGUUCUGACGAGUCUCAUUGCUGUAAUGUAUAUCAUGCUGGAGUUCCACUGCAACAACUGUAGCAAGAAAUGUAACAUUUACAACAUCACAAAGGGUCUUGAUGACAUAGCGCUAAACAUUUCGAAUAUGAAAGGCUCGUAUUCUGAUUUGGAGAGGAAGAUAACGAAAGUCUCUGAAGAACUUCCCAAAAUUGAAGGGCAAAUAGAAAUUUUGGAAGCGUUAGCCAAUACUAUGGAGAGAGGCGAUUGGGUCUGGAAUCCCAAAGCGCAUUUGCCUCUGCCCAACGUUGAUGUAUACCUAAGUAAAGUACCAAAAAAUAAUGAAAAAUCAUUAAACGUUUUUGACCUUAAAACAGAUGUAUUAAAUACCGAAGAAAACUUUACAAGGAAUGACGCGAACAUGUAUUCCAGCGUUAAUAUGACUUUAAAAAAAGAUUGACUAGACGUCGAAAAAUGUUUUUAUAAUAUAUCCUUAAGGAAUGCGUGUUUUGGUACAUUUUAAGUAAUAAAAGACUAUUCUAUGUCAA